GCCCCCGUGCUUCAUGAGCGCGCAGAACGAGCCCUGAGCGAAGUCUGAACAGCUGUCGAGUGCUCUAUUCUCUUCUCCGUUUUUGUAAAAAAUCCCUUUCAGUUAACUGAUUUAUUCUGUAACAUGUCUCGCUUCAGUGUUUUGUUUCGACCGAGAAAUUGGAAUUAACAGAACAUCCUGAGUUUUUGGAGUCUUCCUCUUGCUACAGUAUGUUUGUGAGUUGCCCUCCGCGUGCUGUUUGACCAGGAGCGCUUUUUCGCUUUGUUUACAGCACGAAGACCUGCGAGGGCAGCGGAGGUUUCCGUGCCUGUGGAGAGAUGAGGAGGAAGAAGCUCUCUGUAACGAGCUUUUUACUCGCCUGGAAAUUAGUGCUGUUACUCAGUGUGGGUCAGUGCAAGGAGGUGGACAAUGCUGCACGGACACGGCAGGCCCCAAUGUCUCCCUCUGAUUUUCUGGACAAACUGAUGGGGAGGACAUCAGGAUAUGAUGCCAGGAUAAGACCAAAUUUUAAAGGUCCUCCAGUCAAUGUUUCUUGUAACAUUUUCAUCAACAGCUUUGGCUCCAUUGCUGAAACCACCAUGGACUACCGUGUGAAUAUCUUCCUUCGUCAGCAGUGGAAUGAUCCCAGGCUUGCCUAUGCUGAAUACCCAGAUGACUCUCUGGACUUGGACCCCUCUAUGUUAGACUCCAUUUGGAAACCAGAUCUGUUUUUUGCCAAUGAGAAGGGAGCCCACUUUCACGAAGUCACUACUGACAACAAACUUCUCAGGAUAUUUAAGAAUGGAAAUGUUUUGUACUCCAUAAGAUUAACAUUAACUUUGUCAUGUCCCAUGGAUCUAAAAAACUUCCCUAUGGAUGUACAGACCUGUAUAAUGCAGCUGGAGAGCUUUGGUUACACCAUGAACGACCUAAUCUUUGAGUGGCAGGAGAAUGGACCAGUUCAAGUGGCCGAAGGCCUCACGCUUCCACAGUUCAUUCUCAAAGAUGAAUCAGACCUCAGAUACUGCACCAAGCAUUACAACACUGGCAAAUUUACUUGUAUUGAGGUACGAUUCCACCUGGAGCGUCAGAUGGGAUACUACCUGAUCCAGAUGUACAUCCCCUCUUUGCUCAUUGUCAUUCUGUCUUGGGUCUCCUUCUGGAUCAACAUGGACGCUGCCCCAGCCAGAGUGGCACUGGGCAUCACCACUGUCCUCACAAUGACAACACAGAGCUCAGGUUCCAGGACUUCACUGCCUAAGGUCUCUUAUGUCAAGGCCAUAGAUAUCUGGAUGGCGGUGUGUCUGCUCUUUGUCUUCUCAGCACUGCUGGAGUAUGCUGCUGUUAACUUUGUGUCAAGGCAACAUAAAGAGUUGCUGCGGUUUAGACGGCAUCACAAAAACAAGAGCAAGAACAGUGGAGUUGCAGUUGAUCCAGGGGAGCUAGCUGAUUCCCUUCAUCGUAUUAACAUUGACAACGGCCUCAAACCAUCAGACCCUCUGUAUGGAUCUAUGACCAACAUCUACACCAGCAACCACAGGGAAGGGGAAGUACAUGAGAGCAGGCUGACGUCCACAGUUGCUGUAACCUCCACUCCAAGCAACAGCAAGGAUUUGAAGGCCAGCGCCAACAAUACUGUUACUGUUCUGAACACCCAAGGAUCAACAGCAAAUGCUACCCAGAGUCCACCUGGAAUGGCAGCAGGUGGACGGGGUAAAAGCACUGAAGAAAUGAGGAAGUUAUUUAUUGACCGAGCCAAAAAGAUUGACACUGUGUCAAGGGCCGGCUUCCCUCUGGCCUUUCUCUUCUUCAAUAUAUUUUACUGGGUCCUUUAUAAGAUACUCAGACACGAAGAUGUACAUAAGCAAUAGAGAAAGAAAGAGCAUAGUUUAUUUGUAGACAGUAUGUGAUGUGCACACACACACCCUUGUACUGCUAAUCAUAUGAGGUCACUUUCCCUCUGUAUAAGUAUACAACAGAGUACUCUCAAAAAGAUACUGUACAGAAUAUCUGAAUCUUACAAAACAGAUUUUAUUGGUUAUUUACAGGCUAUGAAUUCAACUAUUUAGUAGAAUGCAUUAACAUACACAAGAUCAAUAUGUAUAAGCCUUGUCCUAUAGUCAUAGAGCUACUUUGAGUUGAUUUAGUUUAAUUAAUCUUUCAUUACACAAGGAUGAGGCUGACUCACAAUCCAUUACUGCUGAGAAGACAGUUUGAAAUUACAAAUGAGGAGUCCUGCAAUUUAUGUGGUGAUGUACAGGUGAUGAGAUGGCAGGAAAACAAAUUAAAAAAUGAGUAGAACAGGAUGAUACAGAAAGUGGGCUUUUAACCACAAUCAGUACACAUAACAUAUCUGGACACAUUUUGCACAGUGCACACUUUGGUUUAUAAAUAAUCCAUAUCACCAGGUAAUAGAAUGAUAGCAGCUAACUGGAACUGCAUCAUUUCAAGUGCCUACAGCUGAUGUGGCAUAUUGUAGUAGGAGAGCAUAGCAUUAGCAUGAAUGUGCUAACUUUAUAUGAUAUGUAACAAGGGGUUGUUAAAGUAUUUUGCCCUGGACCAAAGCAAUGGCUGGAGGUAUGAAUGGUCCAAUUGCUAUUUUAAAAAUUGAUACGGAGUAUAGUCAAUGUUUUUAUUUAACACAGCCAAAAUUUCACUAUAUCCCUUUAAGCACCAGAAAGUGUAUGAUUCACUUCUUAGCAGCUGAGAUUUACAUGUAGUCCUCAUCACUUCCACAAAUUGUUGCUACCUGUAACUUGGGACGGACAGACAGACAAUUCAUUUCAAGACUAUGAGAAGAUAUGGGAAGAGAGCAAAUAGAAUUUUCAUUACAAAGAUCGACCAUGAUAAGACUCCAGUCCAGUCAACACUGUUGUUACAGACCAAACUACACUGUACAUGACUUUUACUGUACUAUCAAAUAGCAUGAGGCCCCAGAACUUACCACACUGAUUCCUUGUUUGCACUAUGACUAAUGCCACAACUCCUGUGGUACUUUCCAGUUUGCCAGUUUUAUUCAUUCAUGCUAUUGGUGGCAUUAUCAGACACAAAGGAUUUUCCGUGUCAAGCAUUUAGAAAUUUAGGAAGAAAAUGAAAUGGAUAUGAACAUUUCUUUUUCUUCAUGAUUUUUACUGCAUGCAACAAAAAUGUAAAAAAACAAAACAAACAAAAAAAAUAUAAGAGAAUCUAUUUUUCCAUCCAAAGACAGUGUUUGCAGUUUGCAGUGUUUCCUGGAGGGAUGUUCAGUUAGCUAGUUACAAUGAACCCUUCUGUACAGUUACUAUGCAUUAUUUACAGUACUGUUUCCCCUCAGAAAUAUUUUCAUGGUUCUAAUGAAAACAACUCUCUGUUUCCAUUCAAGACAUUUCUGUUGUCCAUUGUCAAGCUCCUACUGAGGACUUAUGUUUCUUUAAAUUAAAAAAAGGAAAUGGUAGCAACAAUUUAGUACUAUACAUAAUAAGUAUACAGCUUUGUCCAAAUUCAAUACAACGCAAUAAUAGUAUACACAUAUACUUACAGUGCUUGUUGUCAUAGUAUAUAUUUGUUACUUAUGCAAGGUCUACAUUGGUUGUUGUUAAUGUACUAAAAAUUUGGUCCUUAACAUUGCUGCAGUAAAAGAAUAUAAUAUAUCCUGUCACCAUAAAAGCUCCUACAUUCCCAUGGCUCACUCACAUGGAUGAUUACACAUUCACUUAGAGCUUUCCUCAGGACUGUAUGGGCAUGUACAGACUGUGUUUGAUUGACUCUUGUUGACUAUUUUGCACCUGUUUAUAGCGAGAAACCUUACACCACUAUCAUUCCGUUCAAUAGUUUGGUGACCUUAUGUAAUUAUCAGCAUACUGGCUCAUUAACCUGUAAUGAGAUUUAAUCAACCAGAGGAACUGAGAACACCUGUGAGGGUGUGUUAAAUUUUUGUACUCUAGGCCUUGUGUUGUGUUUGUGUUGCCUUCUGACUUGUGUUACGGCUGUCAAUACCAGUCUUCUUUACAACCUCUCAUAGUAGGUCAAAAAUUAUAAAUUUUUGUACAAAAUACAAAGAUUUUAAAAUAUUAUACAAUUUUAUUAAUGUCAGUCAAAAAAUGUGCUAAUGUGUUUUUUGUUCUGAGUUUAUGGUUUUUCUGCUGCUGUUGAGGAGAGGUGAUUUUAGAGUGUGAUUUUAAAAUACAUUUAUAUGUAAUAUGCCUUCCUUUGCUGUUUUCACAAAGAAAAAGAAUUCUAGUGAUGAUGUUUUGUACCGAUUGGCUCAUAACUGAGUGCUACCACUUUUCAGCCUAAAACCUCAGAGAUAUUGGAGUCAUGGUUUCAGUCUCUAGAUUUCCACUGCAGUUUUCCCUACAGGAUUUUCAGUAUACUGUAUGUAUGAAAUAUAUACACAAGACGAAAGACAUUUCAGUGUUCUAUCUGAACCAUCAGAGUUUCAUGAAGUUUGAAAUGGUUAUGUUAGCUUUGUCUUUAUUAUUGCAUUGUGGUUCAAAUGUGGUGAAAGUGUGCUGAUUUAUGGAGAAUAUUUUUGUUAAAUUGUAUAGAUAUCACAUGCCAUGGGAACCUUGGAUGAAGCAGUCUGAAAUUAUGUCAUAGCUGCACUAUACUGUGUAUGUGGACCAUUUUCAUAUCUCAGGUUUUGUUUGAUCAAACUGUGAUAUACACAUUUUUUUUUAAGAAACUGUCACAUUACUUACUCCCUUACAGUGAAGUUCUCCCUUACAGUAAAGUGUCACAUAUCUGUCAAAACACAACAAAUGACUAAUUAUAGACAGAGUACUCUGUCAUGACCCUGUUGUGUUUAAUAUAUUUGUUGAGAUCAGAGCACACUCACAGUUUUUUGUAAAAUAAAAUGUACACAUUUUAUGUUGUUCUAAUUAAAUUCUAUUGGACUAAAUAAAGUUGGUAGCCACUUCUUAAUGUUAA